AUGGCAGAAGAGACUCGGAAAGUCGACGUCCUCAUCGUUGGCGCCGGGCCUGUUGGUCUUGUCACUGCCUUCCAACUGGCCAAAUUCGGUGGCGUCUCAGUCGCCAUCAUCGACAAGAACGAGAAAGCCACAUCUCAGCAAGCAUACGGUCGAGCGAUCACCCUUUUCCCGAGAACAAGCGAGCUGCUCGAUCAACUUGGCCUCGCCGAAAGACUAGCCCAACAAUGCUUCGCCUGCCGAAAUACUGUCACGUACAACUCGAAAGGUGAAGAAGUCAAAGGUCGGGGAUGGAGCUUUAUGGAGACGUCGAUGAGUGAUACUGCUUGGGAUUUUGCAUUGGUGCUGCGACAGAAGUAUCAGGAGGAUGUCUUUCGAGAGGCACUAAGGGAGCAUGGUAUCGAAGUGGAGGCCCCUUUCAGCCUGCUUGAUGUUGUCGUUGACGAGACAGCUCCUGCACUUUGUCACAAAGUGACCGCUACUCUCAAGAAUGAAAAGACUGGACAGGACUCGAAGAUCAAGUGCAAGUUCCUUGUCGGAUGCGAUGGCGGACACUCCUCGGUUCGGCGCAUGCUGCAGAUUCCAUUCCAAGGCAGCACAAGCGCAGACAAAUGGGUUCGAAUCGAUGGUCUGGUCAAGACCAACGUGCCAAAACCAAGAACAUACUGCGCAAUAGAAUCUCCGACACACGGCAAUGUGCUCUGGGUGGGUCUGGACCGUGGAAGAACUCGGAUUGGAUAUGCCUUCACGGAAAAGCAUGCGAACUCAUACGAAGUGUUUGAUGAAGCUGCCGCCGUGAAGGAGGCCAAAGCCGCUGUGAAACCAUUCGACCUGGAGAUCGAGUGUGUCGACUGGUGGACGAUCUACUCAGUCGGCCAGCGGAUUGCAGAAAGUUUCUUCGUCAAAGACUGCGUGUUCUUGGCAGGAGAUGCUUGCCACACACAUAGCAGCGGAGCAGCCCAGGGCAUGAACACUGGCAUUCACGAUAGUGUCAACCUGGCAUGGAAGCUGAGCCUUGUACUGCGUGGAGCAGCAGACUUCGAUCUGCUCCGGACAUAUCAGGCGGAGCGACUGCCCAAUGUGCAGAGACUCAUCCAGUAUGACAAGGAUAUCAGCCGAUUGAUGACCAAUCGCUUGCCAGAGAACUGGUCCGGCGAUCCAAACACAGAUGUCAAUGCCAUACUUGGAGACAUCAUGGCUGAGGCGGCAUCUUUCAGCUCUGGUCUAGGGAUAUUCUAUGAUCUCGAAGAGAGUAACUCUCUGAAUCGGACUGGCUCGCAGAGAGGCGCGCUUUCACCGGGGCAAAGAGGACCAGACAUUGAUCUUGUGACGCCAGGUACAUUUGAGAAGACGAGACUGAUACAGCAGACACGAAACUCUGCUAUGUUCCAUGUCGUGGUGUUUGCAGGUGAUACAGCUCUGACGAAAGAAUCUGAGUUCCAUGCUGCCGCUCUCCAAUCGACAUUUUUGACCAUACUCAAUUCCACAGCACCAUCCACUUGGGAGGUAUUGGGUCAUGAUCCGCUCGGCAGAGCAUAUUUCGACGACAGCAAGCAGAAUGCGUAUCAGAGGUAUGGAAUCGAUGCAAGUUCAGGCGGAGUUGUGGUGUUGAGGCCAGAUGGGUGGAUAGGGACAGUGACGUCUUUGAGCAAGGAUGCCGUGGCGGAGCUGGUCAAGUACUUUCAAGGUAUCUUUUAUUGA